AUGGCCAGGGAACAGAGACGAGUAGAGAGGACAGGAGCUGUUGCCAUGUCACCUCGAGUGGGGCCUCACACAUCGCCUGUAGACAUGCACUGUGGGGCCAAAGCGCUUCUUAAAGGUAGCGCCACAGCAGGCUCGGCUUCGAAAGGUUCAGCUGCAGAGCCCCCUGAUGUUGAGCAAGCUGUUGAAUUGCUGCAGGAGACGACACGGCUAGUAUCCAGUCUUGGUACCUGUUUGGAGGCCAAUGCCAUUAACGUGGAUGAGCCAAUCCAUAUUCCCAAACCACCGAGCGGUGGGGGCACCAGCUACAGUAACCACCAUGAUGUGAAGUCGACAGCAUUACACGAGCUUGAGCAAUCUGCGGAAGCAGAUUUGCGUGCCAUGGAGGAGCGGGUAGCUGAGAUUCAAGCUACAGUCAGUAACCUGAAGAACAAAAUUUUGUUGAACAGCCAAACAAUCGACCGCCUUGUAGGCUACCGCCUACUGAGGUAG